AACUACUCAGAUUGUACGUCUAUCCAUGGCACGCCAUCCCUUUCUUUCCUUCUCCAUGGCUACCAGCCGAAGCAAAUCUUAGCCAGCCUCUCUCUCUCUCUCUCUCAAGAAAACUAAACCGUAAGGGAAGUCGAAGCCCUUUGAUCGAUCAUUCAUUUCGUUCCAUCGAUCUCCACCGGGUGGUUUUAUCUCUAGUGGAACGAAAGAAGAAACAAGAGAAGAGUAACAAUGGCGGGGAUGGCGCAGAGCGCGGUGGACUCUCUGCUGGGGAGGCUGAGCGCGCUGCUGGUGGACGAGGCGCAGCUGCUGCGCGGCGUCCGCGGCGACGUGCGCUUCAUCAGGGACGAGAUGGAGAGCAUGAACAGCCUGCUCGCCCACCUCACCGAGGCGGAGCACCGCGCCCACCACGUCCGUACGUGGAUGAAGCAGGUGGUGGGCCUCGCCCGCGACAGCGAGGCCUACGUGGAGCUCUUCGCCCGGCAGGUCGGCGGCGGCCCCCGCGCCGGCGAGGGCCUCCUGGGCUCCCUGCGGAGGAUGCUCCAGUUCCUGAGGACCGUCCCUGUCCGGCACCGCGUGGCGACCCGGAUCCGGGAGCUCAAGGACCGGGUGCGUGAGGUGGGCAAGAGGCGACAGAGGUACGGCGUCACCGUGCCUUCUGUCGCCACCGAGCAAGGCCCAGCCGGUGGCGCGUUGACACUCAUCGACGACGUGGAGCAGCUGCAGACAUCAUUUGCAUCUGCUGGGGACAUCUGGGGGCGCUCUUUGCUCGAGCUCGAGCUAGACCUAGACGGUGAGGCUCUCUUCAACCAAGGCAUCCAACAUGUCAUCGAAGAGCACAUACACAACCAAUACAUUGGCGAGCCUACAUGUCCACAUGUCCUUCAGAUCUUAUGGGACAACAAAACAAUGUGGGACAAGCCAUUUGUGGAUCGUUUUGCUUUGGAAAUUUACCACCGUUGCUCCAGGUCCGCCUUAUUCGAGUGGAAGGCUAGGGUACCUGCCAUGUACAUUGACAGUGACCGUUACAUUCACAACUGGUACGGCGACGGCGAGAUAGUGACAGAUCUUCAGCAACAUAUUAUGAGACAAAUACCAGCAAUGAUAUCUUCAGCUGCUGACAUCCAAACGUAUCUGAGAAGAAAACGGGUCUUGAUCCUUCUUGAAAGCACCCACAAGACUCAUGACACAUACCACAAAAGAAUCAAGGAGCUUAUAGGUGAUGAUGACAGUGAUGACUAUGGUUUUCGACGUGAUAGAUCCAUAAUAAUCAUCACCGCUGACGUCACCUAUUCUUCUCAUAAUUACACAAGAGUUUACCCUCCACGUGCUAUAUACAAGGCCUUCUACGAUAAAGCCAAGGAGCUUACACAUGAGGGUGUACACUGCAACCAUCAGUAUGUCGAAGAGAUUUUGGACAAAUGUUACCCUCAUGCCUUUACGAUGAAGAUGUUCAUGCAUCUUGUCCAGGCAAAUCCCCAAAGGACGGAUAAUGAGCUUCAAAACAUCAUGGGGAGCAUAUCAAGUUGUAUAAGGCUCAACAAAAGUGUCCCUAAGCAAAUGCUCAUGUGGUGCUACAAUGACCUGCCUAGCAAAUACAAGAGUUGCUUGAUGUAUCUAUCCAUUUUCCCCAAAGAUCGCACCAUCACAAGGACAACCCUAGUUAGAAGAUGGAUUGCUGAGGGCCUCAUAAACCCUACAAGAGAGUACUACACUACCCAAGGUCAGUUGGAUAAUGCAACAACACUAGAGGUUGUAGCCAAGCACCAUUUCGAGAUGCUCGUCGCUCGAGGGUUCAUUCGUCCUGUUGAUAUCAGUGAUGCAUGCAACAUCAAGACAUGCACAUUACAUCAUGAAGCUUCCGAGUUCAUCGCCAGGAUUGCCAUAGAUGUCAACUUUGUGGACACAGAUUUGCCACAAAGUUUUGCACAACACCUUUCCAUCCAUAACAGAAUACCACUACAAGCAUGUCAUCCUCCUAUGGAAGUUGCCAAUGACAUAGUAGCAUCUCUUCCAUAUUUGGCCAAGUCAUCUCAAUGGAAGCUCUUGAAGGUGAUGGAUCUAGAGGGUUGCAGAGGGUUGAAGAAGAAACAUCUUAAGAUUAUUUGUAAGAUAAUACUGCUCAGAUAUUUCAGCCUCAGGAAUACAGAUGUCACUGAACUUCCAAAGCAAAUAGAGAUGCUAACAUGCUUGGAGACAUUGGACAUCCGGCAAACUACAGUAAGGGCGUUCGCCACAAAGUCUAUUAUGCUUCCGAUGCUAAAGCAUAUGCUUGCUGGGGAGAGUCAGACAUGCCCUCCUCCUUCAAACAACAAUCCUGAGAGGUUUCAAGAGUCAUUUGUGGGGGUGCGCCUUCCCAAUGGCGUCCAAAGAAUGGAAAAACUGGAGAUGUUGUCUCAUGUUGAUGUUUCCCACAGUGUUGAUGAUAUGAUCAGCAUCGGACAACUGCUGCGACUAAGGAAACUAGGUGUGAUCCUCGAUAGGAAGAAUAGAGAUGGCUUGUUGGAUCUUUUGUUCCAACAGAUUGAGAAGUUGCAUGGUUGCCUCCUUUCCUUGUCAAUCCAGGUCAACCAUCCGGUUACAAGUGACGGUGUUAUUAUUCAUGAUGAUGCAGACGAGGUGCAUGCAUUGGGCUCGCCUCCGAAACUCCUUCGGAGCCUAAACAUCAGAGGCAUCAGAAAUGGGCUCCUUGGCUGGAUCGCAGAGCUCGAUAAGCUCGUCAAGUUAACACUGAGCGAAACUUACCUUGGGGAAGAUGCUCUAGGCAUCAUUGGCAAUCUUGGAGUUCUAGCUUGUCUCAGGCUUCUGCACAAGUCGUACAACGGAAGCAAGCUCCACAUCAAGAAUGGAGAGUUCAUUAGCCUCAAGUCUUUGAUCGUCCGAGGCAACGACAUCACCAGCAUUCACUUUAACGAAGGUGCAUCACCUAAGCUUGAGAUGUUUGUGUGGUCUUUUGCCAGAAUGGAGGCCAUGGAUGGACUCGAUGAGCUUUACUAUUUGAAGAAGGUUGAGCUCUAUGGUGACUGCAACCCACAGCCCCUGCGAGACCAGAUGUGGAGGAGGUUGUAUUUCCAGUACCUGCAAGAUCAGAUGUGGAGGAGGUUGGAUUUCAAGCACAACGGACAGCAAAUGUUAGUGCAAAGAGACUAUGAAGAUGUGGUUGCUGUUUGAUUGGUACCGUGUGGCAUGGGCGAUCAAUUCUGCACACGGCAUCAACCGGAAGCUUCGCUUAUCUGAGCGGUACUUGUCCAGAUCUAUAUCUCUCUCCAUUUAUUUAUCCUCCUUGAAUAAAAGAUGCAGCUGAAGGAGAGGUAGCCUGGUGGUCUUCAUCCAGCUAGCUUGGAUCUUUCAUCUGCCUCAUGCAUGUGUGUGUCUGUGAAUGUAUGUAUGUGUGAAUCAUGCAUGGCUGCCCUUAACCCCGGCAGUUUGUGUCUGUGUCUAGUGCGUGUGUGAGCUGACCUAUAUAUGGUCUUCAGUGUGGUGUGGUGUGUAUGUGUUUUCAUUCCGAGUGUUCAAAUCACAUGUACUGUGUGAUCAACAUCUUAAUUAUAUACUUG